CCCCUUACUCUUCCUCUUUCUUUGUUUCCUAAAGCUUUCUGCGUCCUCAGCUUUGAUGGCUUUUUAAGCCCACAGGUUUCUCACCAGUAGUUUUCUGUUCUACCUACAAGUCUUAAAGAUGGCAGUUGAGCUUAUGAGUUUCACAAAACUGGAAGAUCAGAUGGCUAUACAGGAGGCCGCAUCACAAGGCUUGAAGAGUAUGGAGCACCUGAUCCGCCUCAUGUCUCACCAAUCUAAUCACGUGGAUUGCAGUGACCUCACUGACAUCACCGUCUCCAAGUUCAAAAAGGUCAUCUCUCUUCUCAAUCGGACUGGUCACGCCCGGUUCAGACGCGGACCGGUUCAAUCUCCUCCUUCUGCCUCCCCUUGCUUGUCAACGCUGCCAUCUGGUAUUUCCUCUCGCUCUCAAACUUCAACCUUAUCUCCCACUCCCGUAGCAGCUCCUGCUACUGUGCAUCCGCCACCUGUCAACCAACCCGUGACUGCUCCUCCGGCUCCGAUCGCGGCUCCAGUGAGCUUUGUUCAGUCACAGCCGCAGAGUUUGACUCUUGACUUCACAAAACCUAACAUAUUUAGCUCUAACGGUAAAAGCACUGAGCUAGAGUUCAAUAAAGAGAGCUUAAGCUCGAGCUCGUCCUUUAUGUCUUCAGCUAUAACUGGAGAAGGAAGCGUUUCGAAUGGGAAGCAAGGAUCCUCGAUCUUCUUGGCUCCGGCUGUCUCCGGCGGGAAGCCCCCGCUCUCAUCGGGUCCGUACAACAAGAAGAGGUGCCACGAGCACGAUCAUUCCGACGAUCUCUCCGGAAAAUUAUCCGGAUCCGCCAGCGGCAAGUGCCAUUGCUCCAAAAGAAGGAAAAAUCGAGUAAAGAAAACAAUUAGAGUUCCAGCGAUUAGUUCUAAAAUCGCCGAUAUUCCACCGGAUGAGUACUCUUGGAGAAAGUAUGGUCAAAAGCCAAUCAAGGGAUCACCAUACCCACGGGGAUACUACAAGUGUAGUACUGUAAGAGGGUGCCCAGCAAGGAAGCACGUUGAACGGGCCAAUGACGAUCCAAAGAUGCUGAUUGUGACAUACGAGGGGGAGCACCAUCAUGUUCAAACCGCGAUGCAGGAGAACCUAGCUGCUGGCGUAGUGGGGUUAGUGUUCGAGUCACAUUGAGAUAGAGAAAUACAGAGAGAAAGAUAAUAAACAAAUAGGGUAGGAUAGCGAGGACUUAGACUUUAGUGGAGGUGGUUGAAUUAGACUUGUAAAUUUUCUAAAUUGCAAUUGGAAGGAGAUAGAUGGGAAGAUUCUCCGACUGCCGGACCAGUGUUAAAACAGAAAAGUAAAUUAAAAAUUAAUUAUUUUGUAGCUUUAUUAUUUCUUCUGUUAUUUUUAUAAUUCUUGAAUCGGUAUUACCAAAUCAAUUGAGGUCA